GUUACUUUGGAUGCUUCCUCAUCUUCUCGUGUCUCGAGCUCACUUCUCUCUUUCUCUUACCACACCAAGAACAGAUCUUCUUUGGAAUUCCUGAGGGAGGGGGUUUUCUCUUGAUUCCCAGUUAUGUUCUGUAAUGACAUCUUCAAACCAAUGACCAAGAUCCUUGCAUCAGAAUAAGUUUGGAUCUUUGGGCGUCAAGAUCAUCUUUUGGGCUAAAAGAUAUUGUGGGAGUAUCAGCGAAACAAUUUAAGCACACCCAUUUGAAGAUGUUUUUUCCAGCUUGAUGGGUAUGUUUUAGAUGGUAUCUUUGAAAUUGGGUGUCGCUGAUUUCCAGUCUUUUCUAUGCCUUUGAUUCUUUGAUAACCAUACAUGGUGGGCUUAUGAAUGAAUGUUUUAUGUUUGAGUUAAGUUGCACCCAUCUGAGACAUGUCUUUAAUGUUUUGAUAAUCUGUGAGCACUGGAGCUCUUCAGACUGCUGCAUACUCUAGCUUCUGAGAUUUUAUUUUUGACCAAAACAAAGGAGUUUCAUUCAUCAAAAUCCUAGCUUCUGUGAUUUGUGUUUCCUUUUAAGGUCUUUUAUUUUUCAGGAAUGGGUAUGGCUGUGGCUUGCAAAUUUUGCAUUUGGAGGUGGUGGGGACCUACGAUUGUGUUUUCCUUUGAGAAUUUGAUUGGCACAAGAGAUUCAGGCAACUCCGACUUUUAGUGUGUUAUGUGUUGAGGUUAAAACAUAGACUAGUUUAUUUUGUUAACCCCAUAUUGAGAAAAUGGGUUGUGUUGCGUCAAGGAUUGACAAAGAAGAGAGGGUGCAGGUAUGUAAGCAGAGAAAAAGGCUGAUGAAAAAACUGGUGGGGUAUAGAGGAGAAUUUGCGGAUGCUCAACUGGCUUAUUUGAGAGCAUUGAAGAAUACUGGUGUCACUCUUAGGCAAUUUACCGAGUCAGAGUUGCUGAAGCCUGAAAAUACCUCUUAUGGCCUGAGAUUGCCUCCCUCUCCACCUCCCCCAUUGCCUCCUUCCCCUCCACCACCUCCUUUUAGCCCUGAUUUGAGAAAGGCCAAUGAAACUAAGAUGGAAGAAGUUGCCAAAGAAGACAUUAUAGAGAUUAAUCAGGAUGACUGUUGUACUCCACCACCAGUUCUGAGUUCAUCAUUGGAUUUUUGGGAUCCUUUUGGGUCUUCAUCGCCUCAUCAUCAUCAAGAGAAGAGUGAAACAGUGGAACCUAUUGAUGAGGAAAAUUGGGCUGAGACCAAGGCAGAAUUUGAAGAGGAUGACCGUGAGGAGGAAGUUAUUGAAAAUAUUGAUGUAAGUACUCUCCCUGAGAAGCUCCAGCGUGGAAAAGUUGUUGAUGGUAAGUCAUCAAUGACGAGCAGCUGGUAUGCUAAAGAAACUGCAGAUAUGCCCAUGGUAGUAUGGAGGAGCAAAAUUACUUUGGAGGGUAUUGUUAAGAAGCUUGAUGACUAUUUCUUGAAAGCAUCAGCUGGUGGAAAGGAAAUCACUGUUUUUAUGGAUAUCAAUCCAGGGGAUAAUUCUUUUCCGUGGAAUUACAAAGAACACAAAAGAAAGAGGAGCAGUUCUACAAAUGUUUUUAGUGCCUUGUCCUGGAGUCGGUCUUCUAAGUCACUUCAGUUUACAAGAGAUGCUAUUGCUCGUGGGUCAAGUGAACCAUGCAGGCCGGGAGCUCAUUGCAUUACACUUGAUAGGCUAUAUGCUGCAGAACAGAAACUUUACAAAGAAGUGAAGGAGGAAGAAAUUGCUAAAUUAGAGCAUGAAAGGAAAUCAAAGUUGCUGCAAAAGCAAGAAGAGGAAAACCAUGACUGGACCAAGACUGAGAAAACACGGUCAAGUGUUGAGAGUUUGGAGAUGGACAUAAGUCGACUGCAACAAUCAAUAAGUAGCACCUGUUCAACUAUAUUGGAGCUCAUUGAUCAGGAGCUUUACCCGCAGCUAAUCAUGUUAAUUUCUGGGUUGAUGCAAAUGUGGGGAACAAUGUAUGAAUGUCAUCGAUCUCAAAACCAUAUUGCUGAGAAGUUGCAUAAUCUUUCUGAUAAUCAAGAUAUGGAUCUGAGUACUGAAUUCCAUCGUCAGGCCACAGCUCAGCUUGAAGCCGAGAUUGUUUGCUGGUACAACAGCUUCUGCAGACUGGUAAAAUCUCAGCAAGUGUAUGCAACAACACUCCGCAGGUGGAUCCAACUAACUGACGGCCUCGUGGAUAACCAGCAACAGAAUGGUUGCUCAUCUGCAGUUCGCAGGCUCUGUGAAGAAUGGCAAACUGCCUCUGAAAGAUUACCUGAUAAGGUAGCCUCAGAAGCCAUCAAGAGUUUUCUGUUAGCCAUACAAUCAAUAAUCCAGCAGCAGGCUGAGGAGCUCAGCCAGCAAAAGAAAUCUGAUAAACUUGAGAAAAGGUUGCAAAAGGAGCUAGCUGAGUUACAAAGAAAGGCAGAGGGAAGCUUAGCUGUUGACGAUUUGAACCCCAAUUUAAGUCCAAAACAUCCUUUGUCACAGAAGUGCGUCAAAACUGAGGCCUUAAAGAAGCAAGUCGAUGCAGAGAAGGCCAAAUAUGUAGACUCCAUACAGGUUAGCAAGACCAUGACUCUAAACAACCUAAAAACAAGCCUUCCCAAUGUAUUCCAGGCAUUAAUGGGGUUCUCCAGUGCUUCUGCUGAAGCCUUUGAAGCAAUUCAAGGCCAUGUCAAGCCAGAACUUAAUUGUAGUGUGUCAGAGGACUCAGCAUGCUAAAUCUGCUUGAAUUGCCAGAGAUUAUCUGGGUUCACUGAUGCCACAACGAGUAUAAUGACGACAGAGAAAGAUGGAUAGCCAAUAGCCGGUGUCACUGAGUAUGAUGAUUAACGGAAUGUUGCUUUCACUAUGUUGCAUUUUGGUUAUACAAAAGAAAUGUGGUGGUAUGAGGUCAAUUUAAUCAUUGAUGUAGUGAAUAGAACAUGGUAAAGUGGAAAAUGAAAAUUCUUCUAGCAU